AUGCCGUUCGUUAAAAGGAAAGUAUUGCCGGUCGCUUUGAGCAAGAAACCGCUGGACAAGUCAAUAAGCAAUGAGCUAGAAGCCGUGACCAAUAACACACUGUGUGGAGUUCUGCAUCAGCUCUCCAGUCUAUCAAAACAUGCGGUUGCGAUAUUUGAUGAUAUUACAAGUGAGGCUAAAUUAAUCCAACACCGAUCUGCCCGACUACAUUCGCGAGUGACAAAUUUAGAAGAUCUUGUCAAGUGUAUGGACGCAAAAUCUGUGAAAGUUCGCCUAAAUGGAAGCGUCAAUGGUCAUGCAGUUGCUGCGAUGGCACAUCAAAUCGCCAGUAAAUUGGAGUCAGGAUUGCUGUCUUUGCCAGAGAAUCUGAUAACUCAACUGUCCGCACAACUAUGGGAAGCAGUGACGUCAGGAGAUAAAGAGAAAACGUGUUCAGCCUACAAUGAACAUGUUUGGGACUGGGUUUUAUACAAUUUUAAUCAACAAAGCCAUGACACAGUCUUUAUUAAUGUUUGCAAACCUACUGCUCGGAUACCUCCACCUAAACAGAGAGCUGGAAGAUUUGCUGGAACACCUAAAGCAGGGAGACCUCAUUCUGAUGGAGACCUACUGGAAGAGCAGUUGCGAAGGCGUGCGAAAAGCCCGCUACCAACACCAGAAGAGGUUAUAAGGCGAAAUGUUAUGCCGUCCUCGGUUAUAUCAAUAGACACUACAGGUACUGGUUUUGAUCGCAUGGUUAGCUUUCGACGAUCGCUUCAGUUAUCGGAUGUGAAAUACCUACGCAGGGGGAAAAAUCGCAGAAGCUACCGCAAACGUCGGUGUACAAUUUCUGGAUUUUCGGACAUGAUGAAACUUAAUAUGUCUUGGGAUCGUCUGGGUCUGGAUUCUUCCACAUCCAGCUUCACCGACCAAUCAGACUAUCCAUUUCGUCGUGCUGCUUUUUAUGGCAGUAUUGACAGACGCCGCAUUCAUUCAGCAUAUGCUGCUGCACCAAUUAGCUUACCUGAUGUGUCACGAAUAUCCAUAGACGAUAGAACUAUUAACGACUCACUGCCAAGUAUGAACUCUGAAUUAACACUUGCAACCUCGCAUGGUCCAGGUAAUGUUUCGCACAGUCCAUUGCAUUACGCUGACGCACCAAUCACCACCGCCAUGGCUGAUGACGUGUUCUGGAGAAAUGUUGUAGUUAGAAGCAAUAGCGUUACUUCCUCAUCACUAGCUACGCCAGCAUCUUCAGAAAGUGCGCUAGAUAAACAAUGGGUUGCUUCAUCAGCCCGACGAAGACCACGUUCUUUGGAGUUUACUCCAAUAACACAUGAACCUGACGAUGUUCAAACUCCGAAAAAUGAUAAUGUUGAGCCAGUUGAUAGAGAAAAGGAUUCUUCUGACAAAAUUGAUGCGGUUACCGCAGCAUUAUCUGGGGAAUUUAUUACGGCUGUCAAGCUAAGGACUACAAAGCCCUCUAUGAGUAAAGAGGAGAGGCGCUCCAGUUCCGGGAACUGGAGUGGCACUGACAGCACCAGGAACUCGAUCAACUCAGAGCAGUUACUGGAAAUUGCAAGAACAUCAUCAAACUCACCGUCUGAUUCGGCGGUAUCUUUAGAUUCAGAUGCCCAAACAACUGAUUCCGAUGUUCAAACAACAUCUUCACGGUCUACAGAAAUUGUGCGAUCAGAUUCUGAUAGUACACUUAAUAAUGACACAGCUGAUAACACACCCACAUCGUCUGUUCUUAAUACACCCACCAGUGAAUUCUCCCCUGUGAAAAGUAGCUUUACGGCCAUUGAUACGGAAACAUGGCUCCAAAUGGUCGCCAAGGAAAACACUCAGAACAAAAAGUUAUACGACUUUCCUAUGAUGGACGACGAAUCAGUAACGUCUGUGACUGAUAGCAUGACUAGUUCAUGCACACUGACUAAUAGCAUAACAGAAAGUACAACAGACACCUUGACAAAUAGUGUGGCAGAAAGUAUGGCAGACACCCUGACAGGUGGUAGCGUUACUGAUAGCCUUACAGAUAACGCUUCAGACUUAACAGACAGUGUAACAACUGAUGGUGCCAGCAGCGAUGUCAGUAGCAUAGACUUAGAGUAUUAUCUCGGUAGUAACGCACCAGAAUAUCACGAAUCUGAUUCAUCCGUCUACUCAGUAGACACAGAUGGAUAUUACACGUCUAUGCGAUUGGACUGCGGUAUAAAAGACUAUAAAGCUCAGGUGAAAGUUGGUAACAAGUCAACAGCUCCGCCUCCACCUGUAAGACGAGAUAGUUUCUCUCCUGAUAAGAAAAUGAUGAUGUCCUCAUCCUCUUCAUCUCCAAACUUUUCAUCACCAGAAAUAGGUAAUAAUGCCCAUUCUCGAGAUAACUUACCAAGUGGUGUAACUAAAGGUUCCAACUCAACAUUGAAUUCCACGCUAUCUUCAGAGUGUGAAUCUGACACAGCAGAUGUGUCAUCACCAAUGCAUUCUGGAUUGUAUACGCUGUGUUUCCAAGGAACUUCAUCCGCUGACAGCUCCUUCAGUGAGAAAGUGAUGUCAACAUCCAAUAGCACUGAGGGAGGGGGCAAUACCAGUGAUGUGCCAGAUGACGGGGAGAAUACACCAACCUCUGAACACCCACCAACAUCUGUUUUCUCCAACAACGUCCUGGAGCAUAAGAUUCAGAACAUUUCCCUACAACAAAAUAAUAAUAUCGAGAGUCCGCCAAUGAAAAGCUAUUCUCGUGACAAAAUGAAAUCCGCACGUGCUGCAUUUUUUGGCUUUGAAGAGUCAGCAGAUCAAAGCAGUGAUAUCGAGAAAUCGACUGCUAAGACUACUACCUCAUUAAGCAAUAUGAAAACAACGCGGCCACACUCGCAAAACAUUACAAAUACAAGUGCCUCACCAAUGAAUGCAUUAAAUACCACGUCUGUUGUCACUCCAAGUCUGACAACUCCAAACAAUUCUGAUUCCAACAGUUUUUCAUGGAUCCAAGACAGUAAUACAUCAAAUAUCAGCAUGGAUGAUGUCGCCAGUGUGUCCACAUAUGCACUUGAAGAUCCCAAUGAAAACAACUCCUGUAGUACUUUCAUCUCAACAAAGCAGGCAGCGGACAUGGAGUCACCAGAUAAUUGUGAGAAUAAAAAUCACUCUGAAAAUAGCAAUGGCCUUAGUGUAUAUCCUGAAAGUUACAAAGCCGCCAAACUCUCUUUUUUUAGUAAUUUGAGGAGCAGUGCUGAUAAGAAAGAAAAAGCUGUGGACAAGGGAAAGAAGCAGCGACCACAAUCCUUAGAUAUAUCCACAACAACGUGGCCUUACUCAAGAACUAACAAUUCAAAAAAACGCAACUCGCUUGACAUCUAUGGAAGUUUGCGGAGGACGCGUACUCCAGAUGAACCAAAAAGUAUAACCAGAGUAAUUUCACCACCCGAGUCUGAUGGACAAAUUAACCAGCCGAUCAGAACACCUACAAAGAAUACUGCAAACAUUGGCAUUCCAGGUGACAGAAACAGCGGUGAUUUUGAGGACAAGUCUGUCUAUUUUAUGCCAUGGAUUCCUAGAACUAGCAGUACUCUUCAAAAGGAAUACUCUGAUACUACAGACUCUGUGUUUCCCUCAUCAUAUAGUAGUUUCACCGAUGAGCCAUCAGUACAGGCUUCGGUUUCAUCUCGUAAUGUGCAGUUGUUGACAAUGGUUGAAGACAACACAACACCGCCAAUUAUGACAACUCAAAAUGGUGCUCCAGGCAGACAUCCUUCUCGCAAAGCUUAUGUUGACCUCACACAUGCCUAUUCAGUGGGGAAUGCUGUCAGUCCUAUUCAAGAAGAACCUGUAUCCAUUCUGAAAGAUCCGAUGAAAAGCAGAUUUAAUUCUCAACCAAAAUCAAUUCUUAAACGGCAAUCUAGUGAGAGAAAAAAUUCAAACGACUUGUUUUCGAAAAUUCAUGCCUCAAAGCGUAAGAUGAAAGUGAAAUCUGAUUCAGGUACAUUUCCUAGAAUGUCGCUUGGGGCGUCGGGACAAUGGGGUUCAAACAGUUCUUUGAAUUCCUCCUGCUCUGUGAGCACAACCAGAAGCAUAACAUUCUCUGAUAUAGCAUAUGUUGAUAACAUGCCGGUCAAAGUGAACCUUAUCUCAGGAAAACCACAAACAAGGAUGGAAGAUUUUAAAGCGUUGCUGAAAGAACAUAAUAAGUUUAGUCAUGCUACAGAGUCUGCCAUGAGUGCAUUGUAUAUAAACACAAAUGUAGCCCGUCCAAGCAGUGCAGAGUUGUCGCCUAGCGACACCUCGCAUAGUAGCGGCUCAGACUUGUCAGAGGGUUCCCAGAGUCCUCCUGUCCCCAGAGCUGAUAAAAUGGUUACCAUAUCUGAUCUGAGAAGUGUGAUGCACGCUCAGCGAGUCAGAGGUCAGAAUGGCCAUGGGGCUUCUCAACAAAUGCAACAAGCACCAAGCAAUCCAACUCCAUUGUCGCGCAACAACCUCAUGCAAGAAAUCAGUGAAAAAGCCCCUGUGUCGGCAAAUCGUUCCGAUGCAAUUACUGAAAUGGAACGAACCAUGGUGACUCGCAGAAAUAGCGGGUCAUCUGUAAGAACGGAUGAGAAUCCUGGGAAUAUGUUAUCUAUUUUGUCGUCAAUGAAAACAUCUGUCAAAAGGAAUUCUGUAGCAAGCAGCCAUGGCAGUGAACAUGGGUAUACAAGUGAUGACUGGCAGUAGUACUGACAAUAUUUGUUGGCCAUUUUCUUGUAAAUAGUAAAAUAUUGUGACAGAUUAAUGUACAU